GUUGUAACUUCCGCUCUUACGACCAUUUUAUUUUGAAACGUGUAACCGGGGCUCUCGGUUUUUAUUCGCGUUAGUUUGUCAUUGCUGCGAGCGAGCAGGCGGAGAGGAACUGCAUCUAAAAACCGACUUGGAAAAACUACUUAGCGAGCUUUGGACCAGUGCUCAUUCAUUUUCUCUCGCUGGAUAAUUAUCCUUCUCCUGUUUUCCUUCUCAGAGCUCCUAGUCUCAGCCUUGAGAGGGCACCAGCAUGAGUCAAGAGUCUGACAGAGACUCUGCUCAGGAUGCGUCUGACUUUAACUGGGAUGAAUACCUGGAGGAGAAUGGAGCCGUGUCCGUGCCCCAUCAGGCCUUCAAACAUGUGGACCAGGGCCUGCAGACAGGACUGACUCCAGGCAUGAAGCUGGAGGUGUGUGUGCGCUCAGAGGCCGGCAGUCCAUACUGGGUGGCCAACAUCAUCACCACAUGUGGCCAGCUGCUGCUGCUACGCUACGAGGGCUACCAGGAUGACCGGCGUGCCGACUUCUGGUGUGACCUAAUGACGGCAGACCUCCACCCGCUGGGCUGGAGCCGCCAGCAUGGGAAGACAAUGAGGGCCCCCGAGGGUGUGCGUGAGAAGCACCAGGACUGGGAGGCUCUGUUGGAAAAGGCCCUGGCUGAGGAGUGCAGCGCGCCUGCCAGCCUGCUGGAAUUGCCCCAGCGUGGUAGAGACCCAGUGGAGCUCCUGUGUGCAGGCUGCUACGUGGAGCUCCAGGACAGUGUUGACCUGGGGCUUGCCUGGGCUGCUGAGGUGGAGGAGAACGUCGGAGGAAGGCUGAAGCUGCGCCUGGUAGGCACCGAGGGCCUCCCAGACACGCCCGCAACCCUUUGGCUCUUUUACCUCCACCCACGCCUCCACCCACCCGGCUGGGCCAAAGAGCACGGCUGCGCCCUCAGGCCUCCCUUGGACCUGCUGGCCCUGCGGACAGAGGGAGAGUGGGAGGAGGUGAGACAGAGGAUCAGUGACCUGCCCCAGGAUGAAGCACUGACUGCAGAGUUCAGUAAGGAUCAGCCUGCCAUUGCUGCUCAUUGUUUCAAGGAAGGAAUGAAACUGGAGGCUGUUGACCCUGGUGCUCCUAUUUCCAUCAGGCCUGCCACUGUCACCAAGGUGUUCAACGAGCAGUACUUCCUUGUGAAGAUGGACGACCUCUGUGGUAUUGAGGAGGGUGCUGGGAGGUCCUUUCUGUGUCACAGAGACAGUCCAGGAAUCUUCCCUACUCAGUGGAGCCUCAAAAAUGGACUCUCUCUCAGCCCCCCACCAGGAUACCAGGGUCCAGACUUUGACUGGGCGGAUUACCUGAAACAGUGCGAGGCUGAGGCAGCUCCUCAACAUUGCUUCCCAACUGAGCAAUGUGACCACAGCUUCAAAGAGGCCAUGAAACUGGAGGCUGUUAACCUGCUGUCACCUGAGAACAUUCAUGUGGCAACUGUCACCAGGGUCAAAGGGCAAUACAUUUGGCUCAGCCUGGAAGAUGGAGAACCUAAAAGACUGAAGCAGCCCAUGCCAGAGCUGAUAGUUCAUGUGGACUCCCUUGACAUCUUCCCUGUCAGCUGGUGUGAAACAAACGGCUAUCCACUCAUCUACCCCAUCAAACCCUCAGUUGAAAAGGAGAGGAAGAUUGCUGUGGUACAGCCUGAGAAACACCGAAUUCCACCAAAGUCAUCGUCACCUGACACUGUCAAGCAGCAGAUGGCCAACCAGUCAGAGACAGGGCAGGGGAAUGGGAAAUACUGCUGUCCCAAGAUCUACUUCAACCACCGCUGUUUCUCUGGGCCUUACCUUAACAAGGGACGCAUUGCAGAGCUUCCUCAGUUCAUUGGCCCUGGAAACUGUGUCCUUGUGCUCAAAGAGGUAUUGACUUUGCUGAUAAACUCGGCAUACAAGCCCAGUCGUGUGCUGAGAGAGCUGCAGCUGGACCAGGAGAGCCGCUGGCAAGGCCAUGGAGAGACACUCAAAGCCAAGUACAAGGGAAAGAGUUAUCGGGCCACUGUGGAAAUAGUCCGCACUGCAGACCGUGUGGCAGACUUCUGCAGGAAAACCUGCAUCAAGCUAGAGUGCUGCCCGAACCUGUUUGGCCCUCGCAUGGUUCUGGAGCGCUGCUCGGAGAACUGCUCCGUCCUCACAAAGACCAAAUACACAUAUUACUACGGAAAGAAGAAGAGUAAACGUGUUGGCCGUCCACCUGGGGGCCACUCCAACCUGGAAGGUGGAGUGAAGAGAAGAGGGAGGAGGAGGAAGAGAAGGAAACAGCUGUUUGUACAUAAGAAGAGACGCUCUUCAGCCUCAGUGGACAACACCCCUGCUGGGUCUCCACAGGGCAGUGGAGAGGAAGAAGAUCUGGAUGAAGAUGACUCCCUGAGUGACUCUGGGUCUGAGCUGCAGGACGAUCUCCAGGAUGAUUCUGAACAAUCGAUUGGGAAGUCUCAGCCCACCACGCCAUCCCCCUCCCCACCAGCAACACCUAGGCCCACACGCCGGCGCCGGAAGCCCCACUCCCCCUCAUUCUCUGAUGAUGAGAACCGCCCUCCUUCACCAAAGACGUCAAAGGUUGAGCCUCCUCCGAAGUUGUGUUUGGACACCAGUCCGCUAGAGUGGAGCGUUACUGAUGUGGUUCGCUUUAUCAAGACCACUGACUGUGCACCUCUUGCACGGAUUUUCUUGGAUCAGGAGAUUGACGGACAGGCACUGCUGCUGCUGAACCUCCCAACAGUGCAGGAGUGCAUGGACCUGAAGCUGGGACCGGCCAUCAAGCUGUGUCACCACAUUGAGAGGGUCAAGCUGGCAUUUUAUCAGCAGUUUGCUACGUAGCUGACGGGGAAUGAACAUGGACACGACUACAUACUGUUCUGUGUAUUAAUUCUGUGAAAAACACUCUAUUUCCCCAUUUUGACUUUUCCAGCACUGGACAUCCUUUAGAAUCCUGAAUCUACCACAUUGUGUUAGACAAAACCGUGGACAUGAAUCAUGUGAACGAAGAAGCGCUGCAUAAGAAUAAACAUGUGCUCUUUAGGAAAGCGACACACACACACACACACACACACACACACACACACACACACACACACACCUUAACUUAUGUGUCUUCAGAAUGUCUCAGAUUCUUCUUUUAUUUCCUCUUUCUUUAUGAGGAUGACUGAGUGCCAGUGCCACAACUCCAUUGGUUUGUUGUUUUCAUUCAUGAUUUCCAGCCUCCCCUGCUGUCUCUUAAAGGGAAUACCACUGAAUCACAGCUUUUACUUGUCAUACUCAGCCCUAGAAUAUUUGGUAUCUGCUCGUCAACAUUUGCUAUUAACGGCUGGAGUCAGGAAUCAGGUGGUCUUGCCUCGAAUCUGGUGAUUUCACACUGAAGUCUAAUUUCGUUGAAAAGAUGUUCAAAAAUGUUGGUCCAAAUAAGGCUAAAUGCAGUAUAUAUAUUGGCCCACUUACAUUGAAGCAUUUAAAAAUGAGUUUUUUUCCACAAAAUCCAUUUCACUGCAAUAGCCUCAAGCUGCAACUUGGAGCCUUUGGGUUAUGCUUUCUAGUUUUUAAGAGACUCACUUAUAGAUAAAAUAACUGUUUGCAUACAGAUAAAACUACAAGUUGCAUCCAGUGAACACGGUUUGCAAGUUUUUGAAAGCCAGAGGUAAUAUUAAACUAGAUAUACUGAUAGAUUCAAAAGAACAGUCAUAGUGUGCUGUUGCAAGCUAAGGAAUUCGAUUUUAAUGUGAACACCAGACGUGUGUAUACUGUACUAAUACCAUUUGCAAAUGUUAUCCAGCUGAGUCAAGAUACAAUCUGCUCAACAACAAAUGUAAAGGGGACCUUCAUCUCAAGAGAUCUAAUUGCUUUUUGGUUCAAGCUUCUACAGUAUGUAAGAGCAGUUUACAUUGUAAGGAGGACUCUAAUGCAAGCACAAGCAAAACCAUGUACUGUAUGGUGGUAUGCAAAUAUGACUGUGCAUGUUUUUAUAUAGUGUAUAUAAUAUAUUCUAGUGCAAUAGGGUGAUUAGAAAGAAAAACAAGUAUUGAGCAAUUCACUUUUUGCAUAAGCAAUGUAUAAAUCCCCUAAAUAUACAGUGUAUUUGCACAGAAUACGCCUACAUUUUCUCAUAUGGGGUGUAUGGUUAAAACAAAGUUGAUUAUUUGAGCCAUUUCAUAUCAUUGAAUAGUCAUUAACCAUUACCUUAAUGAUACAUGGGCAGUUUUAAAGCAGGAAGAUAUUCUCAAAAUGCUUUUGUAAAUCGUUUUUCCUCCUUUUACCAAUUAUUAUAGUGUGAUUAACUGUAAUGUGCUUUCUUUGUGUGAGAAAAACCUCCGUAGGUUCGUAGUUGACCAAUUUGCUUGUAGUUUCAGCUGUACUCAAAUCAAUGGAGCAGCUUUUUAUUCACAUUUGAAGAUUGUAACUGCUAUUUAAAGAGAAGACUGCAAUUAAAACUAUGAACAACGAA